CACUGAUGAAGCAGUCAGGACUCUCCCUGGAGAAAAUUCACCAGCUGUUCCAGAGGCUGAAGUUGGCAAGCCUCAGCCAGACAUCGGUUCAAUCAAGUUCAGACUUAGGAGAGAGCAUUAACACUGAGAGCAGCACGGCCUCUGCUGAAUCAAAAACGAAAGAUGAAUGUCCUACUCAAAGCUGUUCCAGCUUAACAGAUGAUGAGAGUCUUAGAAGGGAGUCCUUCAGUGAGAAUGACCUCUGUGGGGUUUCAGAUCCUUCUCCAAAUGAGAGGAGCUUUGCAGGCAGAGACCAUGGGCCUUUGCAGGGAGAAUUUUGUUAUGAGGCAGAAAGCCCAGAUGAAGCAGCUCUAGUCCACGCAGCCCAUGCCUACCAGUUUACAUUAGUCUCCAGAACUCCUGAACAAGUGACUGUAAGGCUGCCGGAAGGGACUCUUCUGACCUUUGACCUCUUGUUCACAUUGGGAUUUGAUUCCAGCAGGAAGAGGAUGUCAGUGGUAGUGAGGCAUCCCCUCACCAAAGAAAUCAUAGUCUAUACCAAAGGGGCAGACUCUGCCAUAAUGGAUGUAUUGGAAGACCCUACCAAAGCUAGUGCAGCCAUGGAAAAAAGGAUAAGAAGAGUGAGAACACAAACACAAAAACAUUUAGAUUGGUAUGCACGUGACGGUCUGAGAACUCUAUGCAUAGCAAAGAAGGUUUUAAGUGAAGAGGAAUUUCAAAAAUGGCUCAACUUUCAUCAUGAGGCAGAAAUAGCUAUGGAAAACAGAGAUGAACUUUUAAUGGAAGCAGUACAACAUCUGGAAAGUAAACUCACCUUAUUAGGAGCAACAGGGAUUGAAGACCGGUUGCAAGAAGGAGUGCCUGAUACCAUUUCUGCCUUCAAAGAAGCUGGAAUCCAAACCUGGGUAUUAACUGGAGAUAAGCAGGAAACAGCUAUCAACAUUGCUUAUUCUUGCAAACUUCUAAACCAAAGAGGCACUGUCUUUACCAUUAAUACAGAAAGUAAGGUAGGUUCUAAUGGCCAGCAGAGAGACUAUGCCAUAAUCGGUGAUGGUGCAAAUGAUGUAGGUAUGCUCCAGGCAGCUGAUAUUGGAAUUGGCAUUUCUGGACAAGAAGGUAUGCAGGCUGUCAUGGCCAGUGAUUUUUCAGUAUCUCAGUUUAAGCACCUCAAGAAGUUACUUCUAGUCCAUGGACACUGGUGCUAUUCUCGCUUGGGAAAGAUGGUGCUAUACUUUUUCUAUAAAAAUGUGACCUAUGUCAACCUUCUCUUCUGGUACCAGUUCUUCUGUGCUUUCUCUGGGGCUUCUAUGAUAGACUACUGGCAAAUGAUAUUUUUCAACUUGUUUUUUACAUCUGUGCCACCAUUAAUUUCUGGAGUUCUGGAUAAAGACAUUUCUGCAGAAACUCUGUUGAACCUUCCUGCACUUUACAAAAGUGGACAAAACUCAGAGAUUUACAAACCUCUAACAUUUUGCCUUGCUAUCUUGGAUGCCUUCUACCAGAGUCUCAUUUGCUUCUUCAUUCCUUAUCUAGUAUACCAGGAUUCUGAUACUGAUAUUUUCGCUUUUGGAACGGUAGUCAACACUGGUGCCCUUCUUACUAUUCUUUUUCACCAAGCUUUAGAAAUUCAGAUGUGGACCCUGUUCCAUGGGAUUGCAAUAAUUGGGAGCAUUUUGCUGUACUUCGUCUUCUCAUCCAUCUACAAUGCAACCUGUGUCCUUUGUAACCAUCCCACAAAUCCCUACUGGAUUAUGGAGAUGGAAUUUUCAGAGCCAAGCUUUUAUUUCACAAUCAUUAUUACGCCAGUCAUAGCACUUCUCCCAAGAUAUCUUAUAUUGGCUCUACAAGGGACUUUCAAAAUAUCUUGCAUCCUGAAAGCACAACAACUGGAAAAGUUGCCAAAAGAACAACAGGACUGGGAAAUACAGAAAUGGAAGCUGAUAAAAGAAGGCCCAGCAAUCCACAGUAAUGUUCCUAGUCAACCCAAUGAAAAUAUCUGUGAUCAUGCAGGACUUGGGCUUCCUGAGACCAGUGUUCUUCAGGGGCUUGAGCCUCCGCAGAAAGAAAUGCUUGGAGAAAGGACUUUGAAUGAGGAAGCCAAGGACGAUGGCAAAAGAUGCAUCCAGGAAGAGACUGGACAACUUUCAGCUGUGGAGCCAUUUACUAGCCAAAUCCCCCAGAACACUGAAAGUUCUGCUCAGCGAAGCCAUCGGAGGUCUGUGAGUGCAGUGACUUUGUGAAGGAGGCACAGCUUUCAAGGAGGAAAAGUAAACAUUGACUGCUUUCCCAACACCUGUGGCCUCACUCUCCAUGAAUAAAGGCAAUGGAAGGAACAAUAUAAUUCCUGUUUAUGUUAGCAUAGCAGCAAUGUCCGGAUGGGAAACCUAAAAUAAAAU